UGUUGUGAGACAGGUAAAAAAGGAUUCAUAAAAUUUUAAAAUUUGGUACAUGGAGGGGCAAAGCAUAUAUGAUGCUUUUUUUCCAUUGGAAAAUCCAAAAAAGGAAAGAAAUUUAGCGGGCUUAUAUUUAAUUUCUAAAAGAUCAGGACUAAUGGAUUUAUUUUUAAAAGAUCAGACUUACUGCUAUUAAUCACGUUUUUCCUUUUUGGUUGCACAAGUAAUUCGAUUAUUUCUAGUCUUUACGCAUAAGGACAAACACCCUAUUUAAAUCUUGAAUUCUUAAUCCAAAGUUGCUUGGGAGUUUCUUAAAGCAAUUUCCCUCCUUUGAACCAAUGAGAAGCAAAAACCAAAAUGUCACUCGGGAAGCUCCAUGGGCUAUAUGUUGCUGAUUUGCUUCUACGCCUGUUAUUCGGAGUCAUGCAUGAAUAGAAUUUCCCACGGCUUUCAUAGCCUCAAAAGUCAUAUCUCAUAGUGAAGUUCCUGUGGUAUAAAAUAAUCUGAAUUUACAGUUAAAAUGCUUAAUGUCAAGAGGAAGGCAGAGAGAUUGUGUCAGGAAGAAGAAAAAGUAUAAUAAAAACACAGCUUUGUUUAUCAGCCACUUCAUAGAGAAAACGGCGUCUGCUAGUUCUCUUCUUAAGUCAGCACCAAUGCUGGACAAGUCAGAGUUGGUGAAAAGGGUCAGACCCUUCUCCAGCCUUCUAUGUCUAUAGUUCGUUGCCACUCAGCUGCUUUCUCUGCACUAUCUGUGCGUGCUGGUACUUCAACUUGUCAAGACCGCAGUUCGUCUUCUGCUAUUUAAAAACCAAGUAUUAAUUAGUCACAAAAAAUCUGUGCAAAUUAAGUUGCAACACUAGGAUUAGUUUUAUUCACAAAACUAGAGUUGUAACUAAAACAUUAUAACAAAAUGAACCAAUAAAAAGUUUAAACUUUAUGUAUUGUAAGGAUCAUUUUCAUAAGUUUAGGAGUAAAUUUUAUCGUUGGGAUGGGUGCAGAAAGCUGUUGCAUAUCCAGGACGUGGAAUUCUGGGCAUGGACGAGUCAAACGCAACUUGUGGGAAGCCCUUAGCUAUCGGGGUAGAGAACAAUGAGGCAAACAGACAAGCAUACAGGACACUGCUCGUUACAGCUCCUGGACUUGGCCAGUACAUCUCAGGGGCAAUCCUAUUCAAGGAGACACUCUACCAAUCAACCACAGAUGGCAGGAAAAUGGGCGACGUGCUGGUUGAACAAAACAUUGAUCCGGGCAUCGAGGUCGAUAAGGCACCUUCAAAGGAGAAGUCAUGGGGCCAGGGCCUCUUCGCUCUGCUGCUGUACUACCAACAGGGUGCUCGUUUUGCCAAAUGGCGAGCUGAGGUUAGCAUUCCUAAUGGUCCAUCUGCACUGGCUGUGAAGGAAGCAGCUUGGGGUUUGCAUAAUGACCAAUUGUUGAACGGGAGAUCUUGAUGGAUGGCGAUCAUGGAAUUGACAAAACCUUCCAAGUGGCCUUGAAGGUGUGGUCGGCGGUGCCGGUGUUCUUCUACCUCGUGAAGAACAAUGUCAUAUUUGAAGGAAUCCUUGCCAAGCCCAGCAAGGUGACUCCUGGUGCAGACUGCAAUAACAAAGCCACACCAAAGCAGGGUCUGGCUCCUUUGGCUGGUUCAAACGACGAGUCAUGGUGUUAGGGUCUUGAUGGCCUUGCCUCUCGCUCUGCAGCUAAUGACUACCAACACGGUGCUCGUUUUGCCAAAUGGCGUAAUGUGGUUAGCAUUCCUAAUGGCCCAUCUGCACUGGCUGUUAAGGAAGCUACGCUGUCAUCUCUCAGGUAAGGCAACAACAUGAUCAAAAUACAGAAAUUCCCUAUUAUAUAUCAUGUACUUUUUAUCCUCACUUUGCCAUCAUGUGGAAAAUUUUUGGUAAUCUGUGAUAUUUAGGAUAA